AUGCAUAUCUUCAUCCACAUUGAUGGUGUGCAGGCACCUGCAUAUGUGUGUAAGUCAUGUGGUGAGGUAUUGCCCACUGAUGACAGCUUGAAAGAACAUUUGAGAAUGAGUGAGGGUGACCAAGCAUUAUUAGCUGCCAACAAUGAGAAACUUGAAUGCGGUGAUGACCAUGAAAACAACAUCUCCUUAGAAAGUGUAAAAGAAGAAAUCGUGGAGCAGACUGAGAAGCAAUCUUCAUCCAAGGAAACCAGGAAAACUUUAAGGAAAUCCUUUAGUGAUAUAUGCAAUACACAUACUGUGACACAAGUUGCAGAGAAACUCAGAUGUGAUGACUCUGGAAUUUUGUGUACAAGUGAUCAUGUUAAUGUCCACACUGUGCCAAGUGCAAAGAGACAUCACAAAUGUGAUGUUUGUGAGUUAAGGCCUCAUCUAAUAAUGGGGUACACGAAAGGAGCCUUCCUGAAUAUGGCAAUAUUUGAUGAGAAAUACAGAGAUAUGAAUUGCAAUCAGGUAUACCCUAGGAAAUGUCAGAAUAACCUGGCAGCCGAUCCUUUCACACCAGAAGUAUUAGAGACAUCAAAUCAACAGUCGUUUUUGGGCCAGUGUUGA